AUGGCAUCUAAUUAUUGGACCGAAAAUGAUCUCGAACGUGUUAUUCAAGACUUUAAUCCAGCAAGAUUUUUUGGACUUCCAUCUGAUAUGUUUAACCAGAAAGGUGAUCUUCGAUAUUGUAAUGAAGAACCGGUGAAGUUAAGCCGUGGUAAAUGGGACUAUUACACCCCUUUUAAAGGUUGGAUACGUUAUGGUUUGGAUAUCGAUAAAUUUGGUUCUAGUGGUGCACAGUGGCUUGCAUGCGAUGGCGGUGCUGGUGAAUGGGCUGUUGGAUUUCAUGGAAUUCGUCGUGAUGUAUUGGAAGUCUUGAAAGCCAUAGCCUUUGAAGGUUUUAAAGUUUUUCAAGGCAAGAACAGUGAAUGGGGUGUAACUUCAAAAGAUGUUGGUCCAAAUGCAUCUUUAUUUAAUGAGACAACAUGUGGAAAAGGUGUAUUUUUAACACCAAAGGUAAAACAUUUGACAGAUAAUAGUGAACAUUGUCGAUUAGUCAAACCGAUUCAAUACAAUAAAUAUUACUAUAUAGAAAUUGCUUUACAAUGUCGAAUUCAUCCAAAAAAAAUUCGAGUACCAGAAUGUUCCAAGAAUGAAUAUUAUAUUGUGAACGAUCCGAAGUAUGUUCGCCCAUAUGGAAUUAUUAUUCGUUUUUUGACCGAGGCUCAAGCAAAAAGUAUUUUAGAAGAUAACAAUUUUAAUUUAGAACCAGCUAUUCCAUUUGUUAAACAGGAGACAAAUAAUUUAGAACAAUUAAUGGGACUCUUUAAGGUAUAA